AUUGUCAAAUCCAGCGAAGCAGAAAAAAAGAGAGACCAUCCCUUCAGUAGAUCAGAGUCCAGGACAGGAGAGCAGAGAGCAAGGAUCUCGGAGGAGCCAGCAUGAGUUACAUUAUACGCCCCUGGGUCGCAGGAGACCUUAAGGCCAUCAUGCAACUUAUUAGGGAAUCUGCAGCUUUCCACAAAGCUCUGGACCAGCUGACAACCACCCCAGCACUUCUCAGAAAAGAUGGGUUUGAGAAAGAUUCCACCUUUGGGUGCCUCGUAGCUGAGCUGCCCCCAGAACAGAAGAGCAGAGACGGUCGCACAAUAGUCGGGUACCAGUUCCAUUACCUGUCCUACUGCACGUGGCACGGCGGAAUCCUCUUCGGCGAAGAUCUCUACGUUGUGCCGGAAUUCCGAGGCAAAGGCAUUGGCACGAGUUUAAUGAAUAAAGUGGCAAAGAUUGCGUUGGAGAAAGGUUGUUCCGAGUUCCGAUUCAUCUGUGCCCGGUGGAACCAGCCGGCGAUGGAUUUCUACGCCAAGUUGGGGGCCGUGAACGUCACAAUUCGGGACCAGUGGCACCUCUGCCACAUCGAAGGAGCGCAUGUCCGGAAGCUAGCGCAAGAAGCGAGGAAAUAGGAGCCGAGAUAUAUUGGCAGUAAUGUUUGGCCCAGAAUUAUUCAGGAUUACUUUUCAUGCCUCUGGCUCCAAGCCCUAGAGGCCAUUUUGGCAAAGGUUUAGGCCCCCUCCUGCUGGACGGACCUUCACUAAGCCGGGUGCCCUCUGGAAAUUUUGGACUACAACUCCCAUCAGACCCAGGGAGCUCGGCUGUGCUUGCUCAGUGAAAUAUACUCAGAGUCGAGAGUGGAUUUCAUGCUCUUUAUUCAGCUCAUAGUGGUGAGGAAGAAUGAAAGUUCCCCCAAAGUAUCUGCUUUAUAUACAUUAUUUACACAAUGGGCUGCACGUGAUUGGCUAAUUCCGGAAUUCUCCUGUAGGCCAAUCAGGUUGUGGAUUCACUUCCAUCUGGAGCUGCAUUGGGUGGCUCCUGCAGACUAAUCAUACUGCUGCAUUCUAGGACCAAUCAGACUGCUGCAUUCUGAAUCCUAUUGUUCUAGGACCAAUCAGACUGCUGCAUUUUGGAUCCUAUUGUUCUAGGACCAAUCAGACUGCUGCAUUUUUGAUCCUAGUGUUCUAGGACCAAUCAGACUGCUGCAUUAUGGAUCCUAUUGUUCUGGGACCAAUCAGACUGCUGCAUUCUGAAUCCUAUUGUUCUAGGACCAAUCAGACUGCUGCAUUUUGGAUCCUAUCGUUCUAGGACCAAUCAGACUGCUGCAUUCUGAAUCCUAUCGUUCUGGGACCAAUCAGACUGCUGCAUUUUGGAUCCUAUUCAACUCAGUACAUAACACUCAGGAUAAUGGGAGUUGUAGUCCAAAGCAUCUGGAGGGCGCCUGGUGGAUGAAGGUUGUGCUAUACCCCGAACCCCUGUCUCUCCCAGGAACCCCGGAGUCCUGGUUCCUUAGGCUUUCUUCUGUCCCCGCAAAUCCUGCUUUUCUUGAUAAUAUUUUAUUGAUUUUCCAAAAAUAACAUUUAUAAAAACAACAACAAUACAAAUCCAAAACAAAUCAAGCUGGCUUCCCCCUA